UACAGGAUUGGGUACCAUUGUACGGCUUUGGCUGUCUGUUAGUAAAGCUGAGGGAUGCCUGUGGAAAAAAAGUAGGAGAAGGUGAAGAAAUUUGAGAAAUGAGACUAGGAAAUAGGUUCAAACCGGUCUCAUUUUUUUAAGAGAGUAUUUGUUUUAUUAGUAACUUUUAGAUGUGUAUUCGGAAAAGAGUAAUUUUCAAGAAGCUUAGUAUUGAGAGUUUAAGAGUCUGGCAGAGGGAGGAGCUGAGAUUAGAGAGCUGAUUGGAAAACAAAAUAAAAAUAAAAGAACAACAAUUAGAGAGAAAAACUGAAGAAUCCUUCUCUGACCUUUUAUUCUACAGGUGUAUUUACAGGACACAGCAAUGGAAACUUGGUCAGUUGAUCAGGUCUGCAGUUGGUUGGUGGAGAAAAACUUAGGAGAGCUAGUUCGUAGGUUUCAAGAGGAAGAAAUAAGUGGGGCUGCUCUUCUAGCACUUAAUGAUCGGAUGGUUCAGCAACUGGUAAAGAAAAUUGGGCACCAGGCUGUUCUGAUGGAUUUAAUUAAAAAAUACAAGCAGAAGAGUCAAAGACUGGAGCCCCCUGGAAGCCCUAGAGAAACAGCCCCUCUCCAGCGAGCAAAAGCUGUCUCACCGGAUGAACAGUCCUCUAGCCCAACCAACCGUGGGAAGCACACACCAUCUUUCUAUCCAGCUGAAAACCUUGAUAAUGGACUAAUUGACCAAAGAGUACUGAAACAGAGAAGGAAUGUGAAACAUGUUCUAGCAAGGAAUAAAGAAUUGCAAUGGACUAAGUCGUAUGUUUUACCAGAGUUUCCCUAUGAUGUCAAGUGCAUGUUAGCAGAACAAAAGUGUCCCGAUCACAGCAUGAGGAUAAGGAUCAUUGAGUUUCUCCAGGCCGACAUGACUAAGUAUCUGGAAGGCUCACUGUAUCCCAGCACCCAGCAAUACAAUGACGUGGUCAACGCCUUGCUGCAAGCCCACCCUUUCUUGGACGAGGAUGGCUGUGGCUUUUUUUUGUGGAAACGAGCUCUCAAAGAUCGCUUUAAAUAUGUUCGAAGACCCAUAGAAGAUGAUGAACAGGUGGUGAGAAAUAAAUGUAAAUUUGGACACCGAAGAGGCCAGACCAAGAAAUUUCUUCCUGAUACAAACUCUGAUGAGAUUAAAAUUGUCCGGAUAAAAGAAGAAACUGUUUGUUUAGAUUCUGAGGCAGAUGAACAUAUUAACUGGUUCCAGCAAGAAUAUAUGAAGACAGAAAAGGACUGGGGAGAAAUCGAUAAGAGAAUGAGCCGGACUUUGGAAAUAAGAAGAAAGUUGAUUAGCAGCAGAACACCUCUGAAGGACAUUCUUAAAAUGUUUCCUUUCUUAAAGUGCCCUUAUCAGAUGUUCAGAGAAUUCCAGCUUCUUACAAGAAUAGAUAUUUAUAAGAAAACAAGGCACAUUUUGGAAUCCUAUUCGGAAAAUAUACUGACUUCUUUUUCAGUGGUGCACAAUCCAAUCAAUAUUGCAUUGCAAGAAAAACUGAAACAGCACACAGAUGAAGACAUGUUGAAACAUAUGAAGAUGACAGCCACAUGUUUGCUCCUACCAGAUGUUUUUGGGGACGAUCCCAGUCUUUUUGUCAUCGUGAAUGAGAAGGUGCAAGUGUCCACACCCGUGUUAGAAGUCAAGAACCCUUUCAACACUGAUGUCUGUGAAUUUUCUUUGUAUUUAGAAAAAGAGAAGCUCACGAAGGUGGAUGACUGUGUUACGGCCUUGGCUGCUCUCAUAGCUGCCUUCCAUGUAUUUGGAGUUGAGUGUCCAAGAGGACUGUCCCAAACCCUCAACUUCCUAGAGACGUUGAUUUUUGACAUGCACAGUCCCCAUUUUCCUUCUAUGAAAGAAAAGGAAAAGGAAAUAGCGUUUCGACACCCACUUACCUAAUGAGAGGCCAAAUAUUGCAUCAGAAUUGAUUUCUAGGGAAACCUAAAACUUUGCAAAAAAUUGUUUUGACUUAGGGUUAUGGUAGAGGUAGGUAUUAUCUUGUGUCAAAGGAUGCAAAUGAAUUUCAGUACCUUCUUUCUAUACACUUAGAUACUUGACAUUCUUUGUGAAAUUCUGUAAUAAAAUACUAUUU